AUGCCCGCGCGUAGCCGAGCUGGCUCCAGCCUGCGCUCCGGCUCCCCUUCCCGGGCUCUGCGUCUGCCGCUCGAGGCGCUGCGCUCCGCCGACGCGCCGAGGACCCCGGACGCCAGCUCCGAGCUGGGUCCGGACAGCUCGGCUCCCACCGCGGAGGCAGUGGAGGAAGAAAUGGCAGGCCCUAGUCAACUCUGCAUUCGCCGCUGGACUACCAAGCAUGUAGCGGUGUGGCUGAAGGAUGAAGGUUUCUUUGAAUAUGUGGACAUUUUAUGCAAUAAGCACCGACUUGAUGGAAUCACUUUACUCACACUUACUGAAUAUGAUCUUCGAUCUCCUCCUCUGGAAAUCAAAGUCCUAGGAGACAUUAAAAGGUUAAUGCUCUCAGUCAGAAAACUGCAGAAAAUCCAUAUUGAUGUUUUGGAGGAGAUGGGAUACAACAGUGAUAAUCCCAUGAGUCCCAUGACUCCGUUCAUCAGUGCUCUUCAGAGCGCAGACUGGCUCUGCAAUGGAGAGCCCACACAGGACUGCGAUGGGCCCGUCACUGACUUGAGUUCUGAUCAGUACCAGUACAUGAAUGGCAAAAACAAGCAUUCUGUUCGAAGACUGGACCCAGAGUACUGGAAGACCAUACUGAGUUGUGUAUACGUUUUUAUAGUAUUCGGGUUUACAUCUUUCAUUAUGGUUAUUGUUCACGAGCGAGUUCCUGACAUGCAGACCUAUCCACCACUCCCGGAUAUAUUCUUAGACAGUGUUCCCAGGAUCCCGUGGGCCUUCUCCAUGACUGAAGUGUGUGGCAUGAUUCUGUGCUACAUUUGGAUCCUGGUUCUUCUUCUUCACAAGCACAGGUCAAUCCUUCUGCGAAGGCUCUGUAGUCUGAUGGGCACUGUAUUUUUGCUUCGCUGCUUUACCAUGUUUGUGACCUCGCUCUCCGUGCCAGGACAGCACCUGCAGUGCACUGGAAAGAUAUAUGGAAGUGUGUGGGAGAAACUACACCGGGCAUUUGCCAUUUGGAGCGGCUUUGGUAUGACCCUGACUGGUGUCCACACUUGUGGAGAUUACAUGUUCAGUGGCCACACAGUUGUUCUAACCAUGCUGAAUUUUUUUGUCACGGAAUAUACACCAAGAAGCUGGAAUUUCUUGCAUACUCUGUCCUGGGUUCUCAACCUCUUUGGAAUCUUCUUCAUCUUGGCUGCCCACGAACAUUAUUCCAUUGAUGUGUUUAUUGCCUUUUAUAUCACAACGAGACUCUUUUUGUACUACCAUACUCUGGCCAAUACCAGAGCGUAUCAUCAGAGUAGGAGAGCAAGAAUUUGGUUUCCUAUGUUUUCUUUCUUUGAAUGCAAUGUUAAUGGCACAGUACCUAAUGAAUAUUGUUGGCCUUUUUCUAAACCGGCAAUAAUGAAAAGACUAAUUGGAUGAAGACUGUAUCUCUGUAAUGAGUUUGUUGUUAAAUAUACAGUAGUUACGGAAUGAAAAUGAAUAACUUUGCUUUGUCCCAGGUUGUUCCUGGAUAUGUUGCAUUUUUGGCUUAUAUGUUGACAGAUUUCCUGUUCUGAGCAAGUCUGUGACUAUAAAACUCAAGAAAGAGCAACCAAGACUCCUCACCUAGCUGUUUAAACAAAGAGCUCCAGGAGGGAUUUCCUGCCCCUCCUCCUUUGCAGGAAGACCCAGUGUGUGGGUGAUGUGCAUGCUGAGUGUUUGCUUACUGAGCUCAAACACAUCAGCUUGGGCUGCUUGAUGGAUUUUUAUUGAUUUUCAGUAGGACUCAAGUCAAAUAUUUUUUGAAGCUCUUUCCCCCUAGUGGGUGAACCAGUCUCACUUCUUCCUUGAGCUAAUCUGUGUCUGUCUGGAAAGUGAUCGUCUUACUGGUAAACAUGUUUUGCCCUUUGAACCAUUUUUAAGAAAAGUGUAUUGAACACAGCAACUGGUGUGAAACAAGAAGAGAAUGCAAGGGGCCACGUGUGUGGUGGUGACAUGCUGGUCAGGUGUCAUUGGUGGUGACAGGCUGGUCAGGUGUCAUUGGCCUUCCCACUGAUGCAAAUGUGGGGUCAGCAUUUUCACCAUAGGUGCAGUUCCUGUUUUGUUUUAAAGCUUCAGUGUGAACAAUAGAAAGGACUCAUGAGGGAAACAGCUGCCUUCGUAACAGUAAAGUGGGGUCAUUUUAGUGCUGUAAGUGUCUGGAGUAAAAUUUUUGUUACAGGGCAGAUGACAGCCCAGUAUAUGCUUUUCUUAAUGAUGUGACUUAGUGAGACAAGUAAGAGGGUUUUACCAGAUGUUGAAGUUCUUAUGUCAGUAAAUAAGUAAAUGUGCAUGCAAAGAAGUCUUUCUUCUAAUGAAAAAAUUCUACAGGUUGUAGGCAUAGUGUUAGCGCUGUGGGGAUUUUUGUUUUAUUUUCCUGAAAUAUCUCAUUUUUGACUGUUGAAAGUAAACAGUCUGAGACAUAUUUGGACACUAAAAGCUUGUUGCUUUUUAUCUUAAAAAAUAAUUGUGUACAUACAUUCUUUCUAUAGUUUUAAUUUGGCAGUCAAGAACUAAAAUGAAUUAGCUCUGUUUGCAUUAGAAAAUUACCUUUGGUGAUUAAUUUUACCUCUGAUACCAUCUGUCACUUUAGCUUUGACCUUAACCUGGUUGUAGAAUUGGAAAUUGACUUUCAAUGUAAACAAGUGGGAUACUAAUUGUGUGGUUUUUACAUUCCAUUUCAAUACACGGACUUUGAGGAGGUGCUGGCAUGCUGAGGUCACAGUUAGACCACAGCAGACAUCUAUUUCUUCUCUGUUUGGAUGAAAUAUUUAUUAUUGCAAUUGGAGUCAUAGUCCCACCCUCUCUGAAGCUACCUGGGUGAAUCAGGCAGGAAAGGGAUAUUAGGCAGGCAGGUUUCAGCCCGCGCUGAACAACCGCGCUCCGGGUCUCUGGAGAGAGCACUCAUUUAUGACUUGAGAAAUGAUGUGAGGUGACUCAAGUUUAAUUAUGUUUUUAAAUCUUAUACUGCAGAAUCUUACAGUAUUUUAAAUUGCUGAUUCUGUUACAAGCCAGGAUCAAAAAUGCCUAUAUCUCAUGUAAAGAGAUUACAUAGUCAUGGGGUGAAGGUUUUCCGUGCAUGUUUAAGUGGUUUGACUUGUGGUCAAAGGCCAUUACUGCCACCCUCUUACCCCCAUCCCCUGACAUAGCAUGUCAAACCCAACUUAGCUAGGGGAGCUAGUGUUGGCUUUCGGAGACUGUUCCAGAAACACAUGUCAACAUGAAUUUUAAAAUGUUAACUAUAUUCAUGGUAAAUGUCUUAACAUCAGGCUUCUCUCCUCAUAUGGAUUAUUGUAGAACAAAAUAGAAAAGUAAAUGCAGGUAGCUUUGCUGCGCUAUUGCAGCCCACAGUGUCCUUGUGAGUGGCCUCACGGUUACUCCCAAUGUUUGAGGAAAGGUAGGCUAGAUAGUAAGCUGUUAGCUGUUAUAAGAGCGUUUACAUGAGAUAAUCAUCUUCUGGUCUCAACUAAGACAAUUAGUUUUCAGUUUUUGUCUUUGCACCUUUUCUCUUGUUGAAAUCUUAACUGUAGAGAAGAUAGAGUUUCUGUUUACAUUCUGGGCAGGAUGUGGCUGGGUGGAGAGGCUCCAUGCCUUUGAAUCUUGUAGUUGAUUCUGCAGUUGUACGAGCAUUUCAUCGUUGACAACUUAGUACAGAAGGGAAAGGUUUUGAGUUUGGGGAUUCCAACUAGGGGUUUUGUAAGAAGACCUUGAUGGAUUGCCUAUGUUCUAUAAACAGUGUUGUUGCCCUCCCUGUGUGUGGUGCUAAACCUAGGGCUGUGUGUGCCCGGCAAGGGCUCAGCUAUUGAUCUACAUCCUCAGCUCUGUUUUACGGGGCAAGGCAGGGCAUCUUAUUGAAAGGGAGCUGGUAGGAAAGGAAUGAGGCAGAAACCUUUUUUGUCUGGGUUGUACUUCCCAAUAGGCUGUCCUGCAGUCCUGUCUAACCAGACUUGCUAUGGCAAAAAUACUUUUAAUCGUGCUGAUUCUAAAUGUUAAUGAUCUUCCAAAUCGAAAGCAAUAGGCUAUGUCUUAGAAUCAGUCAAUUUAACAAACUAGAAAAACCACUGCCAGGAGCUUACCAUUGGCACUAUGAGUGGCAGCCCUUCUGCCUGCCUGUUAGGACCGAGAGCUGGCAGAGAUGAGAGGAGCAGAUCCUCUUACAGCAGAGAGGAAGCAACCUGUUUUAGGAACGUGUGCAAAACUUGUCUUUUUCUCCCCCCCCUUUUUUUUUUUAAUUUUUAAAGUUAUUUUUUGUUUUUGAGGCAGGGUUUCUCUGUAUUGCCUGGGCUGUCCUGGAAUUCAGUCUGUAGAUUAGGGUAGCCUCGAACUCAGGGAUCCACCUGUGCUCGGAUUAAGUUCAAAUUCAUGACAAAAACCUGCUUUGAUCAUAUUUAGCAAAAAGCAGUUUUAUCACUUAAAGAUUCUAGAGCUAAAAUCCUUAAGAAUGUUUAUGGUGUUCUUGACUUAAAUUCCCUGAUUUAAUACACUUAAUUAUUUGAUAGUCUUUUGUAGAAAGAGAUCCCAUAGCCAGGCGGUGGUGGCACACGCCUUUAAUCCCAGCACUGGGAGGCAGAGGCAGGCGGAUCUCUGUGGUCUACAGAGCUAGUUCCAGGAUAGGCUCCAAAGCCACAGAGAAACCCUGUCUCGAAAAACCAAAAAAAAAAAAAAAAGAAAGGGAUCCCAUAGUCAAAGCAGUGAAAGCACCUGUCAGCCCGCUAAGGUUCUCAGCCCUUGGAGACAAGAGCACUCCUUAGAAUAGUUUAUUUGCUUUUCUUCAUCCAGUGUGAAAGCCACCAAAGCAUGUCAGUUUAAUGACAACUUUACACGGUUUAGACAGCUGCUGUUUGGCCUUGGUUGUCCCCACCCUGUACCUCUGCAGCUGGGGAUUGGUGAAUCCCAUUAGUGCUCAGAGAGCUUCAGCCAACCGACCGGCGGGAAGAUUCUGUUUGUCUCUCCUCACAGAGCUGUAAACUGCUGAAAGUGUUGUAGAAGGGCUUGUUGGGUCACCUGUCAGUUCACAUAACUAAUGUUGUAUCCAGUCCAGUCAGUACAAAUGCCUGUGAACUCUAAGCUAUUCCCCAGCUACACUAGGUUGUUCUGAGGAUACGUUCUACUGUGUGUUGAUCAAAGGCCUCUAGUGUGUGUCUCCUGUCUCGGCAGAAGGAAGCUUUGUGCUUCGCCAGGAGAAGGAAUAUUAUGAAGUUGCUUGUUUUCUUCAUUGUUAUUUCACAUCUCUUUUAAUCUGAGCUACUGGAUUAUCUGAAAAACUAAACAGCCUGUUGUUAUUAACAUCUUUUAAAAUGUUUAAUUUUAAUAAUUUUUCAUUGAAGAAUUCGUGAAUUGUUAGGAUAACGAAAGUUUCUGAUAUGGAACAAAGGAGGUGAACCUAACUCAGUAAAGAAGCAGUUUGUGUGGACUAAGCUGGGCGUGUCUCCCUUUCCACAGAAAAACUAGUGUUACUUGAAGAUAUGAAAGUUCCUGUGGUAGCCAUACCUUGAAGCACAGUGUUGUAUAUAAGUAAAUACCUGAUUCUAAAUUAAAUCCAGAUUUAACUAAUAUAUUAUUUUAUAUCUUUGUUGUAUUAAAAUGUUUUAAAACACUAAAAAUAAAACAUUUGAAAGUUGACUU